GGGCCGUUGAUCUCUCUGGUGGUCGGCUGGGGGGAAGGGCCUGCGCUGCUGGAUCUGAGAGCAGACAAACUUGCGUAGUCUUACCACGGUUCUCGCUGUCUGUCUGCCUCUCUCUAUGGACGACCGGAGGGGAGAAGAGGAAACUAGGGAUUGUUGACGUCGGGACUGCAGCUGCUUCCCAAGGCCUAGCGAUGAUUUAAAUCACGGAAAACCGGGGCGUCGGGGGGAAAACGGAGCCGGAGAAAGACGACGGGAGCGGGAGAGGAGAGAGAGAGGAGCAGCCUCAGCCGUUGGAGAUGUGCGGUCGGGCCGAGAUUGCGGCGGUAUCCCUGUCUAGGCCUGGACUGAGCAGAUUGUUCUGAGAGGAAACGGACAACAAACAGGGGAAGUGAACAUGGCUGGGACCUCGGGCUUCUUUUCCAACGGACCUGUUCCGUGGAUGGACAACGACGCGGAGAUGAACAACCUGUACCGAGACCUGGAGCUGGGCACAGUACUGACACUGUUUUAUUCUAAGAAGUCCCAGCGGCCAGAGAGACGGACAUUUCAAGUCAAACUGGAGACCAGGACUAUUAUUUGGACUCGGGGCACGGAUAAAAUAGAGGGAGAGAUUGACAUUCGAGAGAUCAAGGAGAUCCGUCCUGGACAGAAGUCUCGGGACUUUGAGCGCUAUGUGGAGGACUCUGCAGCACGGCUGGACCAGGCUCACUGCUUUGUCAUCCUGUAUGGCACAGAGUUUCGCCUUAAAUCACUCAGCCUGGCAGCAACAUCUGAUGAGGAGAUGUCCAUGUGGGUGAAAGGGUUAAACUGGCUCGUGGCCGACACACUUAAGUCUCCGACACCACUCCAGAUAGAGAGAUGGUUACGCAAACAAUUCUACGCUGUUGAUCGCAACAGAGAAGACAGGAUAUCCUGUAAGGAUCUGAAGAGCAUGCUGAGCCAGGUCAACUACAGGGUGCCCAACAUGAGGUUCCUCCGAGAGAAACUUCCGGACUCCGAGUUGAGGAACGGAGACGUGUCCUUCAGCCAGUUCGCCCAGCUCUAUCGCAGCCUCAUGUUUGAUGCUCAGAAAAACGUGGAGAUCCCAUUUCUACAGAGGUUCAUUGACAGACCAGAACAGAGGCUGUCCCUCGAUGACUUCAAGAGCUUCCUCCUGGAGUCUCAAAAGGAAAUGUGGGCCACUGACAGCAGCAAGGUUCAGGAGUUUAUGUUCAGCUACCUGAAAGACCCCCUGAGAGAAGUUGAGCAGCCUUAUUUCCACCAAGAUGAGUUCCUGACGUACCUGUUCUCCAAAGAGAACACCGUCUGGGAUUCUUCCCUGGAUCAAGUGUGCCCUGAGAAUAUGAGCAAUCCCCUGUCCCACUACUGGAUCUCCUCUUCGCACAACACCUACCUGACGGGAGACCAGUUUUCCAGUGAAUCGUCUCUGGAGGCGUACGCUCGCUGCCUGAGGAUGGGCUGCCGCUGUAUUGAAUUGGACUGCUGGGAUGGUCCAGAUGGAAUGCCAGUUAUCUACCACGGACACACCCUCACGACAAAAAUCAAGUUUUGUGAUGUCUUGACCACCAUCAAAGAGCAUGCCUUCGUCACUUCUGACUAUCCCAUCAUCCUGUCCAUCGAGGACCACUGUAGUAUUGUGCAGCAGAGGAAUAUGGCCACUCACUUUAAGAAGGUGUUUGGAGACAUGCUGCUGACCAAGGCGGUGGAUAUUGCGGCAGAUGGCUUGCCGUCACCCAACCAGCUCAAGAGGAAGAUCCUAAUCAAGCAUAAGAAGCUCGCAGAAGGCAGUGCCUAUGAGGAGGUGUCCACCUCCACUCCCUACUCAGAGAACGAUAUCAGUAACUCCAUCAAAAAUGGCAUCCUGUACCUGGAAGACCCCAUUAACCAUGAGUGGUACCCUCAUUUCUUUGUCCUGACCAGCAGUAAAAUCUACUACUCAGAAGAGACCUCCAGUAACCAGAGCAACGAUGAUGAGGAGGAGCACAGAGAGGUGACCAAUGGUAUGGACCAGCACGUGACAGAGAAAUGGUUCCACGGGAAGCUGGGCGCAGGGCGGGACGGGCGGCAGAUAGCUGAGAGGUUACUGUCUGAGUACUGCCUGGAGACCGGAGCUCCUGAUGGCUCCUUCCUGGUCCGAGAGAGUGAGACAUUUGUGGGAGACUACACACUGUCUUUCUGGCGUUCAGGGCGGGUUCAGCACUGUCGUAUCCACUCUCGUCAGGAGGCAGGCAGCCCCAAGUUCUACCUGACUGACAACCUGGUGUUCGACACACUCUUUGCCCUGAUCAACCAUUACCAGCAGGUGGCGCUGCGCUGCAACGAGUUCGAGAUGAAGCUGACUGAGCCGGUACCUCAGACCAAUGCACACGAGAGCAAAGAGUGGUACCACGCUAACCUCUCCAGGAGCCACGCUGAGAACAUGCUGAUGAGGGUUCCUCGUGAUGGGGCUUUCCUCGUGAGGAAGAGAGCCGAACCUAACUCGUUUGCCAUUUCCUUCAGGGCCGAGGGAAAGAUAAAGCACUGUCGCGUGCAGCAGGAGGGUCAGACCGUGGUGCUGGGCACUUCAGAGUUUGACAGCUUAGUAGAUCUCAUCAGUUACUAUGAGAAGCACCCUCUGUACCGCAAAAUGAAACUGCGCUACCCCAUCAAUGAGGACACACUGGAGAAGAUAGGCACUGCUGAGCCAGACUACGGGUCACUGUACGAGGGCAGGAAUCCAGGCUUUUACGUGGAAGCCAACCAGAUGCCAACUUUUAAGUGCACUGUGAGAGCCAUGUACGAGUAUAAAGCCCAGAGAGACGACGAGCUCUCCUUUCCUAAGAACGCCAUUAUCUCUAAUGUGGACAAACAGGAAGGAGGAUGGUGGAAGGGCGACUGUGGAGGGAAGAAGCAGAUGUGGUUUCCUGCCAACUAUGUGGAGGAGAUCAGUCCAUCAGCCGCGGAGCCUGACAGAACUCAGGAGAUGACAGAAAACAGCCCUCUGGGAGAUCUGCUGAGAGGAAGUGUGGACGUGUCUUCCUGUCAGAUUGUUGUGCGUCCUGAAGGGAAGGGCAGCAGACUAUAUGUCUUCUCCCUGGUGCCAAAUGGCUCCAUGCGGACGGGCCCUGUGCUGGACCUCGCUGCCAACAGCCAAGAAGAACUCAAGGACUGGAUGUUUAAGAUCCGUGAGGUCACCGUAACCUCAGAGGCCAAGCUGGAGGAGGGGAAGAUAAUGGAGAGGAGGAAGAAGAUUGCACUGGAAUUAUCCGACCUCGUCAUCUACUGUAGGCCUGUGCCGUUUGAUGAAGACAAGAUUGGCACAGAGCGAGCCUGUUUCCGUGACAUGUCAUCCUUCCCGGAGACCAAGGCAGAGAAGUACGUCAACAAGAUCAAAGGAAAGAAGUUCCUACAGUACAAUCGGCUGCAGCUGUCCAGGAUCUACCCGAGAGGCCAGAGACUAGACUCCUCGAACUACGACCCUUUGCCGAUGUGGCUUUGCGGGUCCCAGCUGGUAGCGCUAAACUUCCAGACAGCAGACAAACCCAUGCAGAUGAACCAGGCUCUGUUCAUGCUGAAUGGAAGGAGCGGCUACGUCCUUCAGCCGCCCAUCAUGAGGGAUGACAGCUUUGAUCCCUUUGACAGACACACGCUACGAGGCCUCGAACAAGUCGAUCUAGAGAUCGAGGUUUUGGGCGCCCGACACUUGCCCAAGCACGGACGUGGUAUAGUUUGCCCUCUGAUCGAGAUCGAGGUGUGUGGGGCGGAAUAUGACAGCGCCAAGCAAAAAACCGAUUCAGAAGCUGAUAACGGACUGAACCCCACAUGGCCCCGAAAGCCAUUCCAGUUCACAGUGUGCAACUCUGCCUUUGCCUUCCUGCGCUUUGUGGUUUAUGAGAUCGACAUGUUCAAUGACCAAAACUUCCUGGCUCAGGCCACAUUCCCCAUACACAGCCUCAAAACAGGUUACCGGUCAGUACCUCUGAAGAACAGCUACAAUGAGGAUCUGGAAUUGGCUUCUCUAUUAGUCCACAUGGACAUCAUCAGAGGCAGGGAUGAAAACGGAGAGGUUCUGAGCCCGUUCCUCGCAGCCGGGUCCACGCCGGUGUCGGCGUCCGCCCAGACGGGGCGGGAACGUUUGGGGGAAUUGAGCUCAGUGUCUUCGACUUCCUCCAACAUGUCUCCUCUGCCUCAGUCGCCAGCGCAGACCGUGGCGUACAGGGCGAGGGAAGGCUCUUUUGAGUCCCGCUACCAGUCGCCUCUAGAUGACCUCCGGGUGUCCCAGGAGGCACUGUUGGACCACAUGGACACACAGAACAGGAGGUAAAGGAUGUUGCGGAGGACCAGAGUGGGCGGAGAGAACCGUGUCUAAGUCCAAGCCAAUCAGGACGCAUUUCUGUUGCAACCCCCCCCCCCCUUACCCAGUCGCCUCUUCCUGUACUGAUGAUGUCACUGACUGCUGUGAACACUGUUUCCAUGGAAACACCCACCACCGCUUUGGCCUACAUUUCAGGCAGCUCUCCUUCCCUCCUUUCUCCAACCGCACCCCCCUUCCCUCCCCCCUCUCUCUUUCUCUUUCCCCCCACACUCUCUCUCUCUCUCUCUCUCUCUCUCUCUCUCUCUCUCUCUCCUGCUCACCACCGCUCGAGAAGGAGGGACUCGGACAUAAGAGGAGAAGAGGGGGGUGAAGAGGGAGGAGCACUGAGAGGAAGCCGACUGCUGCGGACAGGAAGAAGAAAACAGGACAUUCACAAGAGAACAAAAACGAGGCUGAAAAAGUUCCAGCUCCGGACUGAUGGUUUGCUGGGCGGGUUGUCCUCUCUUGUGUUUUUAGGUAUGUGUGCACAACAGCUGUUUGGUGUGGAGGCUAAAAGAAACGAGGGAAAGAGAGAGAGUUAGAAAAGGUAUCACUUUGAAACUGUUUCCCGGUUAAGUUUCUUUGCUCUCCUCUACUUGGCGUAUAUGAAUAUAUGUAUUUAUUCCUGCUGUGCUGUUGGCCAGAGAACAGCAGCAGCUGACCUGCUCUCAAAGAGCUCCUGUCUCCAUGUUUUUAAUUAUUAUAAUUAUUUAAACCUUUAAACAUUCAUAAUGUGACUCUUUUUUUUUUUUCUUUUUUUUAAUGUAUAUGUGUAAAACACGAGGGCUCUCUACGGCUACUUUAAUGUCUCUCUCCUCUGCUUUGUGGAGGAAAUUAUGUGUCUCCUGGAAGAAUAUUUCAAUCUUUUUUUUUUUUUUUUCAAAGGCAUCAGGAAGAAGUCAUAGCCUGUUUGUGUUGGAAGCAGUGAGAGAGCAGACGACAUCGUAUAUUAUGUCUGCAUAUACAAACACACAUACGUGCAUACACACACUGGCUUUUAUUUUUUAUUUCUGACUCGCAUUCCUUUAAAAAAAAACUGCUCAUCAUUCCAUUUUUCCUGCAUUGCAGGCGCCUUGACGAGCGCAUUUACACUUCUGUCUCCCUCGAUAAUCUUAUUCCUCAGUGAUCAUCAUGUCUGUAGGGAAUCCAACGCCACACUGUGCGAUUUUUAGGCAGGACCAGGGAUUCAUGUCGACCCCGAAAGAGGUUGUAGUCUCGUGGAGUGUGAGUGAUAAUUGUGUCCACGCUUUUUUGCUUCUAUCGUCGACCAACACGUUCCUCAAUCAUAGGGAUAAGAUCAUAAGGCUGCAGCUACUGACAGCUCUGCUGGAUAAUGUGAUCAAAUUUGGGAAUAACAAAGUAGUUUGAGGAAACGCAUACAUUACGCUAGCCUGAGCCAGUUCCUGCGCUCACAUUUUUAAUUUACAGGGAUCAUUCUGAAUGUUUCACAUUUGUCAAUGUACCAUACUGUAAUUCUAAUUUAAGAUUGUAAUGCAGUUACAUGAUUAACUUUGCAGCUUUGUGUUUCCAUGAUUAAUGAUCAAAUAUUUCAGAAAUUUUAAUAGAAGUUUUAAUAGAAUUUAAGCCCCCUUUAUUGAGUGUUUUUAAUUAGUUAACAACAGCUCUCUGAAUAUAUAAAGUCACUGUUUUUAAUUCAGUUUUUUGUUUCAGCUCCUCUUAAAGAGGUUUUACGCCCCUAAACAAAGGUGUUUUACGGCUACCACCUUUUUUAUUUGUUGACAUUUGUACAAUAGGUGUUCCCCACCGAGAAAUUCAGCGUAGUUUGACCAAUAGUGAGAACGUCUGCAUUGCCCACUGUAAGGCGCAAAGAAAACAUGCCAUGUACUCUCUCUGCUGGCACAUUUCAUAAGACAUAAGGGACCUUUUGUGUUCGUGCUGCCGUGGUAUUCUGCUGAGUUUUUGUCACAGCAGUACAGAGCUGCUUCCCAGGAACCAGUGAGGAUUUUAAGUUACACUGCCAUGAUAUACGGUUAAAUUGCCACUGCCCGUGAAUUUAUUUGACGAAAUGUGCAAAAACUGCAGAUUUUGUGUGAACAACCGGCUGACGGCUCAAAGUGAAUGUGAAAUGCUGUGCGCGCCACAAUUCAUCAUUCCAGCUUUAGACUCUCUCAUUCCUGGCUUCUGUUCAUUCAUGUUUGUCUAACUCGGUAAUUAAGACGUCUCUUGAGGUAAAACGUUGAUGCUCUUGAAUGUGCGCCGAGCUCUCGUUUCCUGCGUUUGUGGUGUGAGAGUGUGUUUGAGAGGAGCAGGGGCCAAGUCUAAGCUUCAGACUUUUGUUGUAGCUGUGUUUCUGUGGCUGAUUGAUGACAAAGGUGCCUGGGGUGGGGGGGUAGUAGUAGAGGUCUGUUGCCUGGGCCUUCAGUGAGCCCAGACAGAGCUCGUAUAUAACCAAUGGUGUUAUCUUUCCAGGUUUGUAUCAGAAACAGUGUUUUCUUCUGCUCGUAUGUGAUGACUAUAUGAUGUAAACUCAGUAUUCUUGCUCAGUGUUUGACCACUGAGGCACACCUAAAGCCAUAUGGUAUGAUUUUAAGUUAAGGUAAAAGCAGGGACAGGAGCGAAUACCUAGGUGUCAACUAAGAAAAUUUUUUAGCAUCUUGUGUUUGCACCCCGAUAUUAAUCCCAAAGCUCCCCCCAUAUUACUGUUUUUUGUUUUUUUUCCUCCUGUGGUCGAUAAAUGGUCUUUGUGGAGAGCUCUCCCUCCAAUGCUGCAUUGCUCUUAUUGCUAACGUCUACGUGCCUCUGUCUGUAUACACAAAAUAUUAAAGCCAGAUCAUUCACCUCCCCUGCCGGGCUUAAAGCACCUACACAGCCAUGGUACACCCGCACAGGCGUUCUCACUUAUUUUGACUGAUGGGACCUCCUCUCGGCACUGUGUGAGCAUGUGUAGACCAUGUUUGACUGACGUCCCUGAUUCGACUGUUUCAACCCGUAAAAGAGGUUUAAUUAAGCAGAGUAACUAAGAGCAUCUAUGUGGGUGUGCAGGGCCCUUAUGUGUCAUUUUGUUUUUGCCUUUUUUUUUUUCUCUAAUCAUGUCUGUUUUGUUACUGAUGGUCUCAUUUACAAUCGCCUUUCUGUAAUGUGCCUAAACUAUGGAGAGGAAAAGUAUUCAUUUUAAUUUUGCCUUUCAUAUGAAACAUAUUCAAGCCUGAAAAGUAAAUAAAAUACUUACUACUUUA